AUGAAGAACGAGAUACCCAUUGAAACCCAGUUCGACGUGAUCAUCGUGGGGGCGGGCAUUGCUGGCAUAAACGCCGCAUAUCGCCUCCAAACUGAGCACCCUUGGCACUCCUAUGCCAUUUUAGAAGCUCGCAGCGCUUUGAGAGGCACAUGGGACCUCUUCCGCUACCCUGGGGUCCGCUCCGAUUCUGACCUAUUUACAUUCGGAUUCUCCUGGUAUCCCUGGAAUCAAGACCAUCCAAUCGCCGAUGGAAAUUCGAUCCGGCAGUAUAUGAGCGAUGCCGCCAGCCAGCACACCAUUGAUCAACGAAUUUUGUUCCACCACCGAUUGACAUCCGCGCACUGGUCCACAGCCGAUUAUGCCUGGACGCUAAAGGUAGACUGUGAGGGCACGAACACCCUUUAUUCGACCCGGUUCAUUAUCCUGUGCACAGGGUACUACGAUUACGACGUGCCCUUGGAGGGAGUUAUCCCGAGGUUGGCUUCCUUCAAGGGCCCUGUCAUCCACCCUCAGUUCUGGCCGGACGAGUUGGACUAUGAGGGAAAACGCGUGAUUAUCGUUGGAAGCGGCGCUACGGCGGUGACCUUGCUCCCCAAAAUGGCCGAAAAGGCGGCCCUGGUUACAAUGCUACAACGCAGUCCGACUUAUAUCCUGCCAAUGAAGAACAAGAACAAGCGAACGGUCCUCGACGGCCUCUUGCCAGAAACCGCAGCCCACCAGCUCAACCGCGUUAAGUGGAUCGCCACUUCCCGUCUGUUUGUUCUAGUCUCCCAGAAGGCCCCCAGCCUUGUGCGCUGGCUCUUGCGUCAAUCCGUGACUCCCCGAUUGCCAAAAAAUAUUCCAUAUGACCCGCAUUUCGAGCCCAAGUAUAACCCCUGGGAGCAGCGGCUGUGCAUUAGUCCGGAUGGAGAUUUCUUUCAAAGCUUACACACGGGGCGAGCAGACGUCAAGACCGGUACGAUCCAAGACGUCGUAGAUGACGGAAUCGUUCUGACUUCGGGGGAAAAAUUGCACGCAGAUGUCAUCGUCACGGCGACUGGUCUGAGUCUGAAGGUGGCCGGUGGGAUCUCUUUGUAUGUUGACGGAGAGGAAUGUCGGAUACCCGAAAAGUAUUUGUGGAAUGGGGUCAUGUUACAAGAUGUCCCAAAUGCCUCAUAUAUAAUGGGAUACGCCAACGCCUCCUGGACGCUGGGGGCAGAUGCCAAGGCUCGGUUCACAUGUCGCCUGCUACUAUACCUGAAGAAAAGAAAACUUUCGAUGGCUGUGCCCAGGUUGCAAGAUACAUCCAAAAUGAAAGCGAGACGGUUGUUCAACCUGACUUCAACGUAUGUGGUCACAGCGGAGGAUAAGUUACCUAAGGCAGCACGUCAGAAGCCUUGGAAACCUCAUGAAAGUUACCUAUCUGAACUGAUGUUUGCCAAGUAUGGAUGUAUUGAUGAUUGCUUGGAAUUAGCGUGA